GGUUGACAUCCCGGUGUGUAAGGUAAACUAAUACCUGACCUUACUUGCCCUAUGAAAUUAUAUUACUCUUGAACGGAAACACAACAUAGCCCAAGCAAGCGAACUGAAAACGAACCAACCUUACUGAGCCUACCCAAGUUAGCCAUCGCUUGAAAGUCUACGCAGACGAAUGAAGCCUUCAUUCCGCUUGAGGCUUAGCUGUGCGGCGGUGAGCGUUCUUUGGUUUAUCUUCUUGGUACAGGGCUCUGUUGCGCAGUAUGGAUACAAGCAAACGGUCUGCAUGGACACCCCAGGAGUAAACUGCAGGGCCUAUCAGCGGUUCUGCAGAUACAGCCGCUUCCAACAGUACAUGAAAGCCAACUGCGCAAAGAGCUGUGGAUAUUGUGCCGUUGCAAGCUCAUGCCGGGACAAGAACUACAACUGUGCUUCGUGGGCACUUAAUGGCGAGUGCAUAAGGAACGCCCGAUAUAUGGUCCCGAACUGUCCGCGAUCUUGUAAAAAGUGCCCUGUUGAAGGCAGCUGGGGAAUGUGGGGUUCAUUCAGCGCUUGCACUAAGACGUGUAACAAGGGGACGAAGACUCGCUACCGAUUUUGUAACAACCCAAAGCCGGCAAAUGGUGGACAACUAUGCUUGGGAUCUGCGCGCCAAGUGGCAGCUUGCAAUACUCAGCCCUGCGCCACUGCUAUCAAUGGCAAUUGGAGUCCGUGGAGUAGCUUCAGUCCGUGUAGCAAAUCAUGUGGUCGGGGCCUCCAAUCAAGGACCAGGCAAUGUAACAAUCCGUCUCCUAGCAACGGGGGAAGUCCGUGCGUGGGCCUUGCAAAGGAGCAGAAAGAUUGCAACCUGAGAGGGUGUCCAGUCGAUGGCAAAUGGGGAAAGUGGAGUAACUUCUACUUGUGUUCCAAAACAUGCGGUAAUGGCGUGCGUACUCGCUACAGGCUGUGCAACAACCCCGUACCUAUCAAUGGCGGACGCACCUGUAGUGGGGAGUCUCGCGAGAACGCCCCGUGCAAGGUCGCGGAUUGUGGUGAAGACGUUGAUGGGAACUGGAGCGAGUGGAGCAGAUGGAGUGACUGUACUCGCACAUGUAACGGUGGCCACACCCUGAGAUCCAGGAAAUGCAACAACCCGACCCCUCAGGGAGGGGGUAGGGUUUGCGCAGGUGAAGGAAAUCAAGAAAAAGCUUGUAACACUCAGCGAUGCGGUGCAAAGCCUGUUCUAGCACCAUUCAUCUGCGGUGUCCGAAAUGCUCUCGGUCGCAUAGUCGGGGGACAAACAGCAAAAGUCGAGGACUGGCCGUGGCAAGCCGGGCUUAAAAAGGGCCUGGAUGACACUAUAGUCUGUGGGGGGUCUCUGAUAAACCGCGAGUGGGUGGUAACCGCUGCCCACUGCAUUGAUAGAAAUAACCCGAGUAGGACUGGAUGCGUUGUACCGGACCCUCCCAUUCGAGUCAUCCUGGGGGAGUCUGAUGUGACUAAACAUGAAGGGAACGAGAUACAUAGAGAUGUCGCUCAGAUUUGCAUACAUCCCGAUUACCACGAGAUCAAAUUAACAAACGACUUGGCGUUAAUUCGUCUCCGUACCCCCAUCACAACCUUUACCAAGCACGUCAGGCCAGUCUGUCUACCAACCAGCGCCACACCGGACUUAGCCGUGGGAACCAAUUGCACCGUCACGGGCUAUGGAAGAGUAGGCGAAAAUGAGGAUCUUUCUACCCAAUUACGUCAUGCCACGAUCCCAGUCCUCUCGGUCUCUGAGUGUCGGGCCAAUUAUAGCGGUCACACCAUUAACGAUAAAGUCAUCUGCGCGGGCUACGAGGGCGGGAAAAUAGACUCAUGCAAGGGAGACAGUGGUGGCCCUUUCGUGUGUAAGGACCCUCGUGUGACGUCACGAUUCAUCUUGCACGGGGCCGUCAGCUGGGGGGUGGGGUGCGCAAGGAAAGGGCAACCGGGUAUUUACACGGAUAUCAAGAAAUACCUCAACUGGAUCGAUAACAUCGUGAAGAACGUCUAGAAACAAGGCUUUAGACAUAACUGACAACGAAUUGUUCAUUCAUGUAUUUUUCAUUUGAUUGUCUGAAUUUGUUCUCUUUGAUGAGAGAUCUCUUAAGUGUAGGACUCUGUCCUUGAAACGACAGGCCAACAUCGGUCGCUUUUCGGGCGGCAAUCGAAAAUUAGUUGGUGCUCCUGCAUUGUGAAAUCCUUGACUGAAGUAGACUAAGAUUCACCAAUUUGGGAGCUUUUCAUUGAGUAUAAAAAAUGCUAUACAUAAAUGCUAUACAUAGUAUCGUUUCUCUAUUAUUAUUAAAGCCCCAUUCAAUCUUAA